CCCUCAUCGAAGGCGGCCGCUUGCCAUAUCAUCGCAACGAAGUACUGCAUUACAUACACUAUUGUGUACUUUAUGCUUACGAUUUGGCUGCCCUUUGCAACCUUCGUUUACACUGAUUAUCAUUCAGUCUAUUGAAUCUAUCUGCAUCUGCGACCCUCAACUUCACACACAGGACUAUCAUGACAGACUCGAAAAUAUCCCCAUUCUCUUCUCCCAAACUUCUUCUUGCGCGACUCUCGCGCCUCACAUCUACCGUUCCCGGCUUGGACGCGUCUCUGAUGUUGGCCCAAUACUCUUCACCCCUUGUCAUUGCUUUACUUCUCAAAUUGGCUGCGUUCAAGGCAAGACACCCGAAGGUCACCUUUGCUUCCGGAGCAGGGAAGAGGGUUUUGACCGUGGACGGAGGCUUCGGACUGGCCAAGGUUGCUGAAGGCUGGGGGAAGGCUGCAGGAAGUAUUGGAGAUGCUAGGGUGGUCAUGAGGGCUUUCGGCUUACUUCCCAUCAUUCAAUGGAUCCUCAGCUUGCACCCCAAGCCUCUCGCUGCAUUGAAAUCCCUUUUGGCCUCGGGUGACUUUAUGCAGGUCUUCAUGAGCCAAAAGACCCUCCCUACCCUACAAGCCCUUGCAAUUCUUUUCUACUAUCCUUUGGAACACGUAUCCUGGCUUGGAAGUAAGGGUGUUCUACCCAUAUCACCAUCGGCUCUGAGCAAAGCUGCUCUCUGGAGUGUCAGAUUCUGGGCGGUAUAUGUGGUGCUGGAGAUACACAAGCUUUGCAACAGCUACCGUGAGCUGUCAGAUCGCACUCGCGCUUUACAACUCAGCAGGCCCGAAGUUACACAUUCCGAAGCGAUAGACUAUGAGUUCCAGGAUGACAAGAAGGAAGGAUUUUCGGAAAAACUUGGUCCUAGCGUGGAGUAUGAGGGCGAAACCACUCCGAGACAAGCACUAGCCAAUGACUGGAAGACCUGGAAGAGACGAGCCCUGGUGAAUGGGGCGUACGCCCCCCUUACUAUUCACUGGUCUACACCUGGUGGGCUUUGGUCAAACCCGCUCAUCACUGGCACCUUGGGUUCUUUCGCAGCAAUUGGAUCCCUGAUGAGUGAAUGGAAUAAAGGUGAUACCCAAUAAACGAGGUGCUUUGGACUGUUGGGGUAUUAUGAUUGUAUUGUGCCAAAAGCUAAAUUCCAAAGGAUUAACUUUUUUUUCAUACCAGCGACAGAAUCUCGCCUUAAAUCAAUCGUAAGCGCAUAUAAGAGAUGAACUGCUGUAAUCCCCAAUUAUGCGAAAAGAUC